GAACAGCAGCAACGCGGAGCCACGCUUCUCUCUGACGGAUCUACCGGAGCAUGCAGGAAUUUACCCGGACCCGGGACGCAUUUACCGGAUUACUCUCACCUGUGCGUCUGCAGGUGGACCGAGAGAACACCCUUUGAUACUGAGAGAGGAUCUGAUUCUGGAUACACUUUCUGACCCUGUUAAUGCAUCUUUUUUAACUGAACCAGAUCACUUUAUCCGGGUUAACUGAACCAGCUCACUUUAUCCGGGUUAACUGAACCAGGUCACUUUAUCCAGGUUUUCUGACCCAGGUGACUAAUCCCAGCUGAUCCGACUCUGCUGCCUCUUGUGCGGCAGAGCGUCCUCCGCAUCAUGCUGUUCCUCUGGUCCCCAUCCGGACUCUGAUGCUCCAGAGACCCUGAGGUCACACCGGGGAGUCUGACAGAGGACAUGCCGCUGUCAGUGCCCUCCAGGCGGGACACAGAUGGCCGCUGCAGCCGGGACAGAACCACCACCACCACCGCUGCUGCUGACGCGGACGCGGUGGAGCGGCAGCGCUCGGUGCGGGAGCGGCUGGAGGCCACCGCGUCCGGGCUGCAGGAGCUGGAGUUUCUGCGGCAGCGGCAGGAGCUGCUGGUCCGGGGUGCGCUGGAGCUCCGGGAGGAGGCGGAGGAGGAAGAGGAGAAGGACGCUAAGCUGAACUCCGAGGAGAAGAUCCUGGAGGAGAACAUCCUGCUGCUCAGGAAACAGCUGAACUGUUUGCGGAGGAGGGACGCCGGACUCAUCACUCAGCUACAGGAGCUGGACCGACAGAUUAGUGACCUGCGAUUGGACACAGAGGCGUCACAUGACCAGCUGGAGAAUGACAGCAGACCCAGCUCAGGUUUCUACGAGUUAAGCGACGGGGCGUCCGGCUCCCUUUCUAACUCGUCUAACUCGGUCUUCAGCGAGUGUUUCUGUUCGAUGGCUGAAGCUGAUGGACGUCUCAUUUCUGCAGAUGAGCGGGCCAGCUUGGAGUGUGAUGGUCUGGUUGGAGGACUUUGUGACGACUCGUCCUUCUCCGGUACCGUCCGUCGCUCGCUCUCAGCUCCUCACCCGGUCACCCUCGAUCCUCUGUCCUCAGUGGCCUCAUGUGACUCCCAGUCUAGAUACCACUGUGACUUGGUGGCUAAGAAUGGCAGCGAAGUGUACCGCUACCCGAGUCCUCUUCACGCCGUGGCCGUCCAGAACCCCGUCUUUCUACAAAUGCUGAGUCCAAGCAGAGACGAAGGGCCAGUAAAAAACGUUGAGGCUGGUGAAGGACUGAAACCAGAGCCUUCCCCUCUUUCUGCCUCUGUUUCAGCUCCUCUUGUAUCUCAGAGCACAUCUUGGCCGACAACCUCUUCCUCCCAAACCCCUUCCCAUAAGCGCCUGGAGAGCUACAUUUUCAGCCUGCUGCAGCGGAGGGCCCUGCCCGUCAGGACUAGCAGACCCAGAACCAGCAUCAGCACUGACCCGUCAAAGAGCAUCCUGAGGCAGGCCAGUCUCUGUGUGAGGCAGGUGUCUGGGUUUGGUUUUGGGACUCUACGGGGGUCUGAAUUCAGACCCUCCUGGCCAGCUGGAGGUGCAUUAGUGGAAAGCUCGUCUCCUCAGAGGCAGAGGUCUGUGGAAAGUAAACCCGAGGAGCUGGAAACCGAGAAUGUUUUCCCUGAUGUCAGCGUUGACACGAUGCAAAAUGGCUUCAAGAUUAAUGGAGACCUGGCCGUAAACCAGUACAGCUCUACUCAUAGCAGUGGCAUCCAAAAUGGCUCUUCUGUCACUCACAUUGAUACAAGCACUCUGAAACAGAAAAGCAAAAGACUUCUUCCUCCUUCAGCUGUUUCUACUCUUCCUAAAGACUUCAGGGAGCUGGGUAGUCCCAGAGCUAACUCCUCUCCCAAAGACACCCAGCAGCCAUGUUACUUUCCUGACCAGGAGCUGCUCCUUAAAUCACCACCAGUUAUUAAAACUUCAUCAGCUACUCCCAAGAACUGCCUGAAGCCUCUUCAAAACGUCCAGACGGAGAAGGUUGAAAGGUCAGAGGUAGCCUGUCUAGUCUCCUCCUCCCACAGUCAGGAUGAAGAAGAAGAAGGAGAUAGAAGAGGAAGUCACACGGUUAACGCAAAGUACUUUUCCACCCAGGGUCAGAAUGUCAAACACCAUAAGAGUAGCAGCAAGAGUGUCAAGGUGAAGACCACCUCGACGGUGAAGGCGAGUCGCACCUCUGAACACAACGACCAUAAGUCAGAGAGAAGAGGUGACAAAUCCCACCACAAGUCCAAAAAGUACCGGCUCUUGGAAGACGGAGCUUCCAUCAACAUUAAAGUCUCCAAAAGGGCAGCUGGUGGUGGCAGUUCACAUGGGAUGUCCUCCUCCAGGAUCAAACGCCUCCCUGCGUCCAUCCCAGAAGGCAGAGUUGUUGACAAACAUGACACGUCCACCCUUGGCAGUGUGCGGUCAGGUGCAUCCAGACACCACCACCACCACCAUCAUCAUCAUCACGGACGGGACCAGGUCGUGGUCGUUGCCAAACCCAAACACAAGCGAAACGAUUACCGGCGGUUACGUGCAAUCAUGGAGCUCCAGUACGACGAGGCAUUCAGGCGAGCUCAGCGGCGGCAGAGAAAGGAGUUGUUGAACCAAUCUGCGGCCAAUGUUUACCUCCCCUCUGCUGAACAGGUGAGCAGCCCGUACGCCUACGCGGCGGGAAGUGACUCUGAGUAUUCGGCCGAGUGUGCGUCGCUCUUCCACUCCACCAUCGUGGACACCAGCGAGGACGACCGGUCCAACUACACCACGAACCGCUUUGGAGACAGUGAGUCCAGCGAAGAGGAGUACAUCGAGGAGAGCACCACCACGAGUGACACUGAGGAGAGUGGAGGAGGUGGUGCUGGGGGAAUGGGAAGAGGGCGGAACCAGUUAGGGGCAACUGGGGCCCGGGUGACGGGGAAGGAAAUGACUCCAGCUCAGGCGAAGGCCUUCGUCAAGAUCAAGGCUUCUCACAACCUGAAGAAGAAGAUCCUCCGGUUCAGGUCGGGUUCUCUCAAACUCAUGACCACCGUUUGAGUCAGCAGCGAUUUAAAAACCACACCCAUGUGACAAUUGAAAGUGGGGUAGACCAACAAUAAUAAUAGAACUAAUACGCUUGGGCUAAAUAACAUUUUGGCUCGUACAUCUAGCGUACUUGAACCCAAUUGUGAAGCAGACCUGAAAGUGCUGUGGAUGGACAGGUGCUGCAUUUACAACAUCGCCAAGCGUCUUUUGCGUGAGGGACAACGCCAAACUAGUCAUCCAUCUUUGUGAAAGCAUGUGACUUUUGUUUAAGUCGACAAACAAGAAAACAAGAGGUGCUUUUUUCUUAAUCUGUUCAUAUCCUGUUUAGCUUUUAAUGAGGUACAUGUGAUUCCUCCGAACACAGCCUUCCAUGUUCACCAGUUGAGUGCAUUUUAACAACCCAGUAUUGUGAUGAGUAAGUUUCCUCUGUUGCCAUUUCUUCUUGUGUUCUUUGGUAUGAUUCCUUAAUGCCAAAAAGGGAACAAGGAGGGAUGAGUUGGUGUGUCAUUUUGUUGUCAGUAACCUUGCAACAGUUACAUGAGCUACUUGAUCUGCAACCUAUGGCCUUAUUAACUUCCUGUGUCUAAAUUUACCAUCAUGUAGAUCAUGUGGGGUUUCAGUUACCCACCCCUCGUACCACAGCACUGGGUUGUUCACACAAAUAACACCAAACAUCUGAAGGCACUACCUGGUGUGAACUCAUACGUUCCUACAUCAAACAAAUCAACAUGGCAGUAAACAAGUAUCACUUACAUAAUCCUGCAUUCAGGAGUUAAGGAGCAUCAGAUGCGUUUGGGAAUGUUUCCAUAGUUUGAAAAAGGUGAAAGGUUGGUUUGGAGUUUUGGAUUCAACCAAUCAAAUUGGCUUCCUUCACUUUCCUCCAUCUUUCCUGGCUAAACAAGUGCCUCAGCCGGUGUAACCCUGGCUCCCUUUUCUGUCUGCUUCAUACUGAAUCGUCUGCUGUCAGGCUCUUUGUAUGUGCUGUCAAAGACCCCUUCCCAAGGUAUCUCCCCCAGCAACGAAAUAUCCCAGUUCCGAAAUACUGGUAGGUUAUUGGGAUCUCUAUGGUUAUGGAGAGCCCCCCAAAGCCCCAAGGGUUUUAUAGUCUUGAGGCAAUGAACUGUACCAAUAGUAAUAAUAGUGGCUGAGGCCUAAUGUAAGAAGUGGGGCUGUAGUCAGGUGUUCAGAGAGUUUAUUGGAAAGUUGGAAAGUUAUUUUAGGGGCUCCCUCGAAAUGUCUCCAGAGGGUUCUUUGUGAGGUUGUCCAGAAGGUUCUUCAGAUGUUCCUACAUUGUGAUGAGGUUGUAUCUUGCUCCAGUUAUCUCCUUAUUUCCUGCACUUUGAGACAAACUGUCAGCAGACAGGACCACCGGUGUACCAUUGUUAAUCUGUAAUGUGUGUGUGUAGCCUUGUUUUGUAUUUAUUAUAACAUGCCCUUUGUUGUAGCGCACCGACACGGCUCGCCAAACGUCUGUAAAUGCUUCUCUUUUUUUAUUGUUUUUGAUGAAAGCUAUUUAAAACCUAAUAUAUUUGCUUUAGGAUGCCAGGCAUGGUACCGACUGACAGCUGGUCAAACGGCAGUUUAUAUAACAUUUAUAAUCUAAAGAUGAUGUGUCUGUCUUAACUCUCUCACCUCUGUUGCCGUUGACAUUUUUUAUGGUUUUUGCAUUAUAACACUCGAUGUCUGGUUUGGGGAUAAUCCAUCUACAUACUGAGACCUAAUGUAAGCAAACAUACCUCUUAGUUCCUCUUAUGUGGAUUGUUUCAACCUUUUCUGUGUCAAUAUCACAAUACGUUUGUGGACAUUCAUUAAAAACUGCACCAUAAAAUCACUGAAAGAAUAUCGAGACCUCCAUCAUAGGUCAACUGGAUGUCAAAACCAACCACACGUAACCUGGGUUUAGCCAGCUUGAUGCCUUUUUACCAACACAAUGUUCACGAUUAUAUCUUUUAUUACAGUUUAUUUUAUAUAUACCUUUCAUUAACAGUCAACAUUUCUUGUUUCAUAUCUCUCAAAUAAGACGCGGAUGUUUCAGAUAUCUAAUUCUUUGUGUGUGCUGUACAGAGAUCAGUUCAGAAUGUGGUUAGCCUAGCUUAGGAAAAACAAAGCAGGAGGAAGCUGCUACCCAGAGUAGCUAUAAAACAGGUAGCUCAAUCAUAAUAUUAGGUAUUUUGUUUGUGUUUGCAUAGCUACAUGGGGUAUAGUAAAAAUAAAAGCCAGCUAACAGCAGCUAGCAUAUGUUAUGAUAGCUGUGUCGAGCUAACUAGUACAUAGGCAUACCAGAAUGCUCAAGCCUAGAAGAGCUCAAACACUUUUAACAGAGGGGAAACUGUUAGCCUAGCUUCACCAAGAGAGGAGGAAUCUAUCUUAUGAUUUACAUAUUGUUAAUAAAAAGGUGUUACAAUCAUAUGUAGAAUGUAGACACUGUGGUUUUGGGAGCAGUUAGCAUUGAAGCUAUUGGUUAAAAGUAUUUGUUGACAUGCUUUACCUGACUGUCUGUGACCUACUUCUUUAGCUAGCAAGCUAACAUGUUACAUUUGUGGCUGACAGUUUAAUGAUUGGGUAGAUUUAGGGGUUUGGGAGGUAGUUUUACAUGUCUUUAAACAGUCAAAUUAAAAUGUAUGAGGCACUUAAAUUAACUUUAGCUAGCUGCUAGCUACAUUCUCCUUGAACGUGACUGUCCCAUUGUAUUUCAUGGUUCAAUAACUACACUUUAUGUCUCUUUAGAAGGUCUUGCUAGCGUGCCAUAAGCUAGGGAACAAAGGAACUUGUGGCACAAAUACACUCUGAUAGAGCUAAGCUAACAGUUCCCCUCUGCUUCCAGUCUUUGUGCUAAGCUAGGCUAAACACGCAUAAACAGAACUGAUAUCCAUCUUCUCAUCCGACUCUCGGAAUAGCAGCAAAAAAUAAAAGGUCCCAGCUUUACAUGUAAAAUUAGCAGCAAGCCCAUGCCAAUUUGCUUAAAGCUCUUUAGGGUCAUUGUUCUCGUCUAUUUUGGUCCAGAGGCUACAUAUCCCAGAUAUAAAUAAAGCUUUAAAAAGCCACAGAAAGCUUCUCUCCAGCUGUCACGUUCCGUCUCUUUGUUGUGGGCUAUUUUGAGCUUCUUAUGACUUUUGGAUUCUGUCUGUAAACACUUUAUAUUUAACAGCCAAAAACCUUCAACCAAAAGUUCCUGUGAGCUGUUACACACACGGAUACUCCUGUGCAUGACCAUAUAUGCAACUGUAAAUGACUGUUACGGAUGUGAGUGUGUAUAUUAUUUCUCAUGUAUGCCAAUGCCGGUGCUUUAACCUUUUUACGCUUCAUUAAAUGUGGACUUUGACAUUAGCUUUGUUCUGGGUUCAUCUGUUUCCUCUGACCUCAGAUCCUGACCCCUGACUGCCUGCAGCUCUGAGGCGUUUUCUCCAUCCAGUAAUAACCCGUCUCCCUGCUGCUCAGCCCGAUCACAAGAUAUUUGUGUUUGUGUUUUAAGCUGCUUCACGUUCUCCUGAGCGUGACCCCGGUGUGAAAUCGUUUUAUCUGCAUAUUUCUGAUCUCACUUCUGUUUAUCCACACCAGCAGCGUGGCUAAACCAACCUGAGAGUCUAACCGCAUGCUAACAUGAAACCUGAUGUUUAGCUCCUUAGUUUUUGAUUUAAUCCUUUAUUUAAACCAGGGGUGUCCAAACUACGGCCCGGGGGCCAUUUUGAAUCGGCCCUCUGCAAAUUCUAAAAGUAUAAUGGAAUGUAGCCCACAAAUUAAACUUUUGCUUAUCUUAUAAUGUACUUCUCAAAUAUAUAUGUUAUAUGUAAAACAUUUUUCUAGUUGAUGAAAAAGAAAACAAUAACUUAUUUCUAUAACGAGCUUCAAACAUAACCUUCAUAUUUACUCUGAUUAUCAGCACUCUGAGGCUUGUGUUUUAAGGAGUGAGCUGCCAACAAAAUAAACGGAACCCUAAAGACA